AAACAGCAUCCUAAUCGACAUCUGUAUCGGCCUUAAAGCCUCCUUAAAAGUUUCCCGCCGAAACGGAGUUUAGUAGGGUGUCAUACUUGUUGAUCCGCUGUAUUUUCGCUUGGCUUUUUAAACUCGAACACGUACCAUGGAAGGUUUCGACGAUCCAGGAGUGUUUUUCUCCGACAAUUUUGCGGUGGACGACACUCAUGAAAACCGCGUGAACCUCCAGCACUCGAAAAAGAAAUUCAAAGAAUUUAUUCGACAAUUUCACGAGGGCAACUUUAACUACAAAUAUCGGGAUACUUUAAAGCGCAAUUACAAUCUUGGGAAAUAUUGGUUGGAAAUUAACUUGGAAGAUCUAGCAGCAUUCGACGAGUCUCUCGCUGAGAAAAUUCAAAAGCUUCCGACAGAAUAUUUAUCUGUUCUGGAAGAAGCCGCAAGAGAUGUCGCAGAUGAACUCACAGCACCUCGGCCUGAGGGCGAGGAAAAGAUCGAAGAUAUUCAAGUGCUAUUGUGUUCAGACGCUCACCCAAGUCUCUUGAGAGGCAUGAAGCCAGAUAUCGUUUCCAAGCUUGUUAAGAUUCCUGGUAUAAUUAUUUCUUCAUCUGGCAUUAGAGCAAAGGCGACAAAAAUUGCGAUACAGUGUCGCUCUUGCAAAGUAACCCAAGUCAAUAUUUCUAUCAAGCCUGGUUUGGAAGGAUACGCACUACCCAGGAAGUGUUCUACGGAACAAGCGGGUCGGCCGAAAUGUCCCUUGGAUCCGUUCUUCAUAAUGCCGGACAAAUGCCACUGUGUGGACUUUCAAGUGUUGAAGCUUCAGGAAUUGCCAGAUCACAUACCACAGGGUGAAAUGCCCAGGCACUUGCAACUGUACUGCGAUCGUUAUUUAUGCGACAGAGUUGUGCCUGGCAAUAGAGUUCUGAUUCUUGGAAUAUAUUCCAUUAAAAAGGUGGCUAAAACAACUGGCAAGGGUGCGAGCAGGGAGAAAUCAUUAGUGGGCGUUCGAGCUCCGUACAUUCGAGUUCUCGGUAUUUCUGUGGACGGAGAAAAUGCGAAUAUUGGAACUCAGCCACCUGUUACAUCCGAGGAGGAAGAUAUCUUCACUCGUCUGGCGACAGAUCCUAAUCUAUAUAAUAGAAUUGCGAAGAGCAUAGCUCCUAGUAUUUUUGGCGUAGUGGACAUCAAGAAAGCUAUUGCGUGCUUGUUAUUCGGCGGAUCCAGAAAACUGAUGCCGGAUGGUCUGUGUAGGAGAGGCGACAUUAACAUCUUAAUGCUGGGCGAUCCAGGCACCGCCAAAUCGCAGCUGUUGAAAUUUGUCGAGAAAGUUGCGCCCAUAGCUGUUUACACAUCGGGAAAAGGUAGUUCAGCAGCCGGUCUGACAGCAUCCGUAACGAGGGAUCCUGUAUCCAGGAAUUUUGUCAUGGAAGGCGGCGCGAUGGUCCUCGCGGACGGUGGAGUCGUCUGCAUAGACGAGUUCGAUAAAAUGAAGGAGGAUGACAGAGUGGCGAUCCACGAAGCUAUGGAGCAACAGACGAUCUCUAUAGCGAAAGCGGGAAUAACGACAACUCUGAAUACACGGUGCUCCGUGUUAGCGGCGGCAAACUCGGUGUUCGGCCGUUGGGACGACAUAAAGGGAGAUGAGAAUAUAGAUUUCAUGCCGACGAUUCUGUCGCGUUUCGAUAUGAUAUUCAUCGUUAAAGACGAACACGAACACAACAGAGACGUGACCCUGGCUAAGCACAUUAUGAACAUCCAUUGUAACGCCGGCCAGAUCACAGAACAAUCGAUGGAAGGAGAAAUCCCUGUGCACAUUCUCAAGAAAUAUAUCAGCUAUUGUAGAACCCGUUGCGGUCCGAGACUCAAUGUGGAGGCGGGAGACAAGUUGAAAAAUCGUUACGUAAUGAUGCGAAGUGGUACGCGAGAACACGAGAAGGAUUCCGAAAAAAGAUUGUCCAUACCGAUAACAGUUCGGCAGCUUGAAGCUAUUAUACGAAUGUCCGAAGCUCUGGCAAAAAUGCAGAUGCAACCAUUCGCCACUGACGUCCACGUUAACGAGGCCUUAAGGCUGUUCCAAGUAUCCACGCUGGAAGCUGCAAUGUCUGGAUCGUUGGCAGGGGCAGAAGGAUUCACCUCGGAAGAGGACCACGAGAUAUUGUCUCGCAUUGAAAAACAAUUGAAAAGUAGAUUCCCAAUUGGACAUCAAGUAUCCGAAUACAAUAUAGUGAAGGACUUCCUGAAGCAAUCGUUCCCGGAGCGCGCUAUUUACAAGGUGAUACAUACAAUGAUACGCCGCGGUGAGCUUCAGCAUCGUUUGCAACGUAAAAUGUUGUACAGAUUACAUUGAAGAGUAAUAAAAACCUCCAGUCUUCAAUU